UCCUCAGACGAUCACAUGCCUGGAUUUCGUGGCGGAGGACGUGGUGGUGGUGGCGGUGGCGGCGGCGGUGGUGGUAGUCGCAGAGACUUUGGAGGUGGAGGGGACCAAGAUCCAAAUGCAGAACAGUUCAGAAAGCUGUUCAUUGGCGGCCUCAGCUAUGAAACUGAUGAAUCCAGCCUUCGUGCUCACUUUGAACAGUGGGGCGAAAUUGUUGAUUGUGUUGUCAUGCGAGAUCCAAACACCAAAAGGUCUCGUGGAUUUGGCUUUAUCACAUACAAGGAAGCAGAGUCAAUUGAUCAUGCUCAGGGAAACAGACCACAUAAAGUUGACAACCGUGAAGUAGAUACAAAGAGAGCCAUGCCUAGAGAGGAAUCUGGUCGACCUGAAUUGCAGCAGUCUGUGAAGAAAAUGUUUGUUGGAGGAGUCAAAGACGACACAACUGAAGACAUGGUGCGGGAGACAUUUGCUCCAUUUGGGGAGAUAACAUCCAUAGAUCUCAUCAAAGAUAAAAGCACUGGAAAGACGCGAGGGUUUUGCUUCGUCACAUUUGAAGACCAUGACAGUGUGGACAAGUGUGUCUUAAAAAAACGUCAUGAAUUGAACGGCCGCAGUGUGGAAGUAAAGAAAGCCCUGUCCAAGAAUGACAUGACGUUAGGUGGCGGUGGAGGCAGUUCUGGUGGAGGUGGUUCCCGUGGAGGCAGAGGAGGUGCAAGAGGUGGCGGUCGAGGUGGUCGUAAUGAUUAUGGGGGCUAUGGAGGAGGAGGUGGCAGCUAUGGUGGUGGCAGCGAUGGCUAUGGUGGUGGUGGCUACGGUGGUGGUGGCGGCUAUGGAAAUCAAGGCAACUAUGGAGGUGGCUAUGGAGAUUAUGGAGGUGGUUACAAUAACCAGGGGGGUGGCUGGAACAGCAACUUUGGCUCCAACUAUGGUGACAGUUAUGGUGGUGGUGCAAUGAGAAGUGGUGGAUACGGAGCACGAGGCCAGGGACCCUAUGGCACUGGCUAUGGUAGCGGUGGAAGUGGAGGUGGUGGAGGCUAUGGUGGUGGUGGCUACAACAGGCGUUAAAUUCAAUUUAAAAAAAAAAACAGUGCUGUUGAGUGACAUUUGGUAGGCUCAAAUGAGUAAGAAGUACCUCGUGAAGAUCAUACAGGCAAGCAGGGAGGAAAACAGGCAGGCUUAUGUAGCCUCAGGCCUAAGCUAUAGCGAGAACGACAGCUGGCUGCCCAAGGCACCACUACUUCAUUGAGCUGUAGGCAGGCAGGCCUAAGUGUAAAAGCCAGGCAGCAUAUGAGCUUAGUAAGCUACGACUGAUUUCCUCCCAGGAUAUCCAGCAGGCCAAUGUGGGUUGUGCCCAUGAACUUUUGUGUAUGAACAGUGAACUGCACUUGCUAGAGGAUACCCUUACUUUGCCUACAGCAGCAGAUAUCAGGUCACCAGCAGCCGUGCAAAUUCCUCGUAUUUUUAGGAGUUCGCUCUGACAUUCGUAUGAUCAGCUCGUUGUGACUUUUUGUUGAGUAGCUAAUUGUCAACCUCACCCCUGCGCCACAUUUAUUAUCAUAUUCCUUUCUUUUACUGCCAUUUGUCAUCUCGGUUUUAAGACGCCAAGGAUUUGUAUUUUAGUGCUUAUCCAGUCAUGUUCCUUUACGUCAUUGAAUAAACUUCGUUUUUAUUCCUAG